GUUGUAAUGGUCCUCUAAUUACAGUGAGUUGCAGGCCUACUUCCUCCUAGGAAUUGCGGUAUAGUAGCUUCACUCCAUAUGAAUAUCGAGUGAAGAACGCCAAAGUUUAUGGAACGCCUGCGAAGUUACUGACCGCAACUUUGUAUUACUUUGAAUGAUGAACGUUCGUUAAAUUGUAACAUUGUAUCGAAGUCGAAGGGCAAUGUCGGCUGAAACUGGAAUCUUGCAUUUGAAGGAAUCAAAACAAAUAGGUUAUUGUCGGUGAAUUUUCGGGAGAUGGCAGACUAGCCUGACUUGUGCUUUUAGCACAUUAGGCUACGUCUGUGCGUCCUCAAAGCACUUAGUAAGUUUUACAUGUAAGGUCUGCAAUGUUAGAUGGCGACAUGUUUAUUCUGGUUUUCAUACUUCUGGUUUUAACCUCUUCCAGUGUGGAAGAUAAGGGCAACUAUGAGUGUUUGUGCGACGGGCCGUCAUGCGACAGGGCAGACCGGUGUAUUGGCCAGCAGUGCUUCUCGGCCGUCUCCAUCCAGAACGCCUCGUCCUUCCGACAGAAGGGGUGCAUUGUGAGCCGUGGCGAAGGGUCCAUAAGUUGCGAAAGCCCCCCAUCCCAUAACUUGACUGUGGAGUGCUGCCAUGGCAACCUUUGUAACAUGAAUGUCACAGUGGCAGACCCAGAGAGAGAUGAGGAAGUGCUGCCUACCUUGCAAGACAAUGAGUGUGUGUGUGAGGGACGGUCGUGUGAGGGAGGAGAGCGCUGUACGAGCCAGCAGUGUUUCUCCUCUGUGAAGAUCAGUGACGGGUAUGUGGUUCACCAGAAGGGCUGCCUUCAGGAUGACGACCAGGGGAGAGCCACCUGCGCCACCCCUCCCUCUCCCAGCCACAUAGUCAAGUGUUGCCAGGGGCACCUGUGUAACAUGAACGUCACCGUGGAAGCACCAGCGAAAGAGGAGAAAGUGAAGUCCGCCGGCGAGCACGAGUGUGUGUGCAAGGGGCGGUCGUGUGCCACCGGGCAGCGCUGCAUGGGCCAGCACUGUUUCUCCAGUCUGACGGUCAGCGACGGAGCCCUGGUCUUCCAGAAGGGCUGCUUCAAGGUGUACGAGCAGAGCAGGAUGACCUGCAAGACGCCGCCCUCCCGCGACCAGAUUGUGGAGUGCUGCCAGGGCCACCUGUGUAACAUGAACAUCACUGUGGAGCUGCCUGUUAUAGCAAGCGACCUGCCCAACUACAGCUUGACUACACUGGCCAUCGUCAUCGUGGCUCCAGUCAUCGUGCUCAUUGUCCUCUCAGGCAUUGCCAUCUUGGUGUUCAGACGCAUCCACCAGAACCAGAUGGAGAGGCUGACGGCCCGGGAAGCUGAGUACGGCACCAUAGACGGCCUCAUAGCCUCUAAUGUGGGGGAGAGCACACUGGCGGAUUUGCUGGACCACUCGUGCACGUCGGGAAGCGGCUCCGGACUCCCCUUCCUCGUUCAGAGAACUGUCGCCCGACAAAUCACGCUCAAUGAGUGUGUGGGUAAGGGGCGCUAUGGUGAGGUGUGGCGGGGCCAAUGGCAGGGGGAGAGUGUGGCCGUGAAGAUCUUCUCAUCCAGAGAUGAGAAGUCCUGGUUCAGAGAGACUGAGAUCUACAACACAGUGCUGCUGAGGCACCAGAACAUUCUGGGCUUCAUCGCUUCGGACAUGACUUCCCGAAACUCGAGCACCCAGCUGUGGCUGAUCACCCACUUCCACGAGAUGGGCUCGCUGUACGACUACUUGCAGCUGAGCACUCUGGACACAGCCAGCUGUCUCCGCAUGGCCUUGUCCAUCGCCAGCGGCCUGGCGCACCUCCACGUGGAGAUCUUCGGUACCCAGGGAAAGCCGGCCAUCGCCCACCGAGACCUCAAGAGCAAAAACAUACUUGUCAACAAGAACGGCCAGUGCUGCAUCGCUGACCUGGGUCUCGCUGUGAUGCAUUUCCAAGACACAAAUGAGUUAGACGUGGGAAACAACCCUAAAGUAGGCACGAAGCGCUACAUGGCUCCAGAGGUCCUGGAUGACUCCAUCCAGAUGGACUGCUUUGAGUCCUUCAAAAGAGUGGACAUCUGGGCCUUUGGCCUGGUCCUGUGGGAGAUUGCCAGGAGGACGGUCAGCAACGGCAUUGUAGAGGACUACAAGCCUCCCUUCCAUGAUGUGGUGCCCAGCGACCCCAGCUUUGAAGACAUGAAGAAGGUUGUGUGUGUGGACCAGCAGAGACCCAACAUCCCCAACAGAUGGUUCUCAGACCCAACUUUAACGUCCAUCGCAAAACUUAUGAAGGAGUGCUGGUAUCAGAAUCCCUCUGCCAGAUUAACGGCGCUACGCAUCAAAAAGACUCUGACAAAAAUCGACAACUCUCUGGACAAAAUUAAAGCAGACUGUUGAGCUUCUUCCUCGUUGGUGCAGAGGGAGAGGAGACCUAAUGGCCUUUAAAGACGUCCAGCAGGCAGUUUGGUUUCCUGGACAACACACAGGAGAAAAGGGACUGGUUGGGCUCAGUGCUCUUAAAGUGGCACAUUGUAUUUAUUUUAAACACUCUUGGUGGGACACAUUUUGGCAUCCAAAGAUGGCUUACAGGGCAUUUAAAAGACUGCCAAUAGUCUUGGAUAUUAGGUGACUAUCACUUUAAAGACAUAGGAAUAUUGAACUAAUAGUCACGUUCUUCAAGGAAGAAACUAUUACCUGGGCAUUUGAGUACCGUAUAUCGCUUUAGAGCUACCCAUUUUUUUUUUUUUUACACAACUUAAGUUUGAGAAACAUAUGAACACAUUUCAUUUAGCAAUAUUGGCUGUGCUUUAUCGCUGUUAUUGCACUAGCAAUCUUUGCAUUCCUGACAUGCACUGUUGCGGAUGUAUUUGGAAAAAAACACAACUUGCCAAAAACAUUUUUUUAUAGUCCACACAAACUCCAUAUCUUAACAGUAAUCAGAAUUAGGAAGAAAUGUUACGUUUGACUUUGACUGCAUCUCUUGCACCGCUGUUUACGAUAUUGUUAGAACAAUUCUCUUGGUAUUUCGUCCAACCUGUAACUUAUUUAGCUAACGCACUGUGUUGUAGAAUUGUGCUGCAGACAGUUGUAGACACUCUUUACUUCUUCCUUCGGAGAUGUCGUCUUAACGUAUCCUGUUGUAGAAACUUUGUAUAUCACCAUACAUUUUACAUUAUGUACCUGUUCUUUGUUUGGUUGUUUCAUCAGCUUUAGUGAGACAAAUGCUAAAAGAGCAAAUAAAAUAUUUACUAGAUGACACUGAACUCAAUUCAUACAGGAGCAGUAAUAUUGUCUUAAUGUGUGCAUUGUCUAAGUAAUUGAAGUCAAACUUCAGCCUUUUUAAUUUCUUUAAUAUUUUAUAUCAAGAAGGGAUUUCUAUUAAUUAAAUAGAAAAAAACAUGUA